AUGCCACCCAUGGCUGCCAUGGCCAUGCCAAUCCCGGCUGCCUCUUUGCCUCCCGUCCUGGCAUCACCUGCAGAGGUGAAGGCGGCGAGUUCCGCUUGGACCCCACAGCUGGAACGGGGACACAGGAGCCGUCAUGGCGGCGCGAAGAUGGCUGGAGCGGCAACGUUUCUGAUUGGUGGGGUCGCAGCAUCUGCGAGCCGAAGGAGGCUUCGGCAAAGUGCGAAGAGCAAGCACUGCAAGGUGGUCGUGGCUGUUGGCAGCACAAUAGAAACACUGGAGAAAGACGAGCUCACCGAUGAAGAAUUGCAGUCGCUUUUUGACGCUGCUUCGGAGGGGAAGGACGUCGUCACUUUCGACCAAGCUGCAAGCCUGGAGGGCGUGGACGCGGUCCUGGAGGAGGGAGCUGCGAAUGUCGAGGAGCUAAAGGUGAUUUGGGGGGACCCCGACGAGCCACUGGAUUUCGAGGGCUUCAGUCGCUGGUACAAUGACGUGCUCAAGCUGUAUGAUUCCUUCCUCUGGCAAGAUGCGGUAGCACCUCCAUCAGAUGUGUUCGAUGAUGAAGAGCAGGGUCUGGAGGACAUGAAUAAUUUGGACGACGAGCAGCUUUUAGAGGAUGCUCCAGCUGUCGGAGUGCAAGUGGAGCAGUUGAGCACCAGCGCUCUCAAGCCAAAGCAGAAGAUGAUGUACGGAACUCUGACCGACAAAGUUCCCGAGUACCAGAAGCCUCCAUGGAAACUUGCCGAAGAGAUCAUCACCGGAAAGACCGAUGAUUACUUGGAAGACUACAGCGUCGAAGAUGAAGGGGCCGGCCGGAGCACAGAGGGCAUGGCAACCCCGUCUGCCGGUGGCGGAAGGCAGAAUGUGGAAAUCACACAGCUUUUUCGACAGGCCUGCGACGAGAAGAACCUCCUGUCCUUCGAUGCGCUGAAAGAGAUUUCUGAGUUUGAGGACAUGCUCGAGCAGGAGGACAUCUCGGAGGAGGAGCUUGAGGAGAUAUGGGACGAGCUGCCGAAGAAGAAUGGUGACUUCAUCGAUGUGCUGGCCUUCAGGGACUUGCUGGCCAAGGUUGACGAGCUCUUCGAGUACGUCGAAGAGGACGAGGAGGAAGAUCCCGAAGAGCAGGCUCUCAUGCAGGUUGAGGGCAAAGGCGGCAUUUCCAAAGCAAAGAAGCGCGGUUUGCAAACCGUCAAGCAGGAUUUGCUGGAUGCCAUCGCCAGGCUGGAGGCUCAAACGGACAAGCCUGCCGGCUUGGGCUCCACGGAAGAAAAAGACGGCGAAGUCGUGAAGCUCGCUGGUGAGUUGGAAGACGUCUGGCGUGAUCAGGUUGGCGAUCUGAACAAAUUCGACGGCGCUAAGUUUGAAGGCACAUGGGAACUCAUCUAUUCCACGUCUGUGAAGUUCCGAAGAUGGGGAUCCGUCCUCAACGGCGUUCGGGAGAUCAAAAACGGCGAGUUUGAAGCCCUUGUGCAGAAAUUCAGCCCCGGUGACGAUUCAAAAUAUGAGAGUUUCAAUGAGUACGAUAUGGAGGAAGUGUUCAAGGCUCCCAACGAGGACGGCGAGGAGGUUGAACUGUGCAUGCGUGGACAGGGCUCCUGGCGAUUGGGCAUUCAGCAAAAUGUUGUCACCGGUGAAGAGGACGUUGUUAUGAAGCUCGAAAUUACAAAUGUCGAGUACGACACGCUCGAGGACACCGUUGAGUACUGUGGAGACAAGACGCUGAUGAGUCCGAUGUGCAGGACUUUCAGCUACGGCUUCCUCAGCUACAUGGACGAUGAGUACAGAGUAAUGAGGACGAGUCUGACGGGGAAGUCUCUCUACAUAUUCCAGAGAAUCAAAGAUGAGGACCCCUAUCAGCAUGCUGAGGCCUUGCGACCUGGAGGGCGUCUUUUGGUCCACGACUUCAUGGUCAACGACAGCCUCGAUGGUCCCGCACUGGGAGCACUUUGGGGACUCCAGCAUGUGACCGUCAACGCGCAGGGGCUUGGGCUCUGCCCGGCAGAGGUCAUCCGGCGCAUGGCUCAAGCAGGCUUCGAGGAGAACAAGUGCCAAACCCACGAGAUGAUCCACGGCAUGACCAAGCUCAUUGUCGCGCAUAAGGACGAUGGUGGCUACGGCCAGUUCUCGGGAGAUGGACUGGGAGAGGCAAGCGUUGCCGAGCUGCAGGCAGAGAUCAAACGUCUGCGGAAGAUGCUCCGACCGGAACUCCGACACACCACCACUGUGGCGCCCCCUGUGGCGCUGGCCGGCGCAACAGUGCAAGGAUCCAUUGCCGAGGAGAUGGUGCUUGUGUUGGUGAUCAGCCUCAUGGUGAUGCUGUGGACGGUGCCUCUCUUGAGGCCCUUCCGAUAUUGCUGUGAGACCAGGCUUCACAAGGUCUACCCCAUCAUCACAGUGGUCAACCUGCUUCUCCUAGCGGUCACGUUGCAUGCGCUAAAGUCCAUCACCUUCAACGACGUCUUCUUUGCCCUGGUCAACGGAUUCGAGGAUGCAGUCGAGAAGACCGAGCAGAUCCUUGUGGGCGUCGCCGCGCUCGUUGCGAUUGCGGUGGUGUGGAAGUUCAAAGAUCGCGUUUUCGAGGUCCUGGGUGUGGAAAAUGCAGCCUCAGUCUUCGGCGAUUUCCGUGACUGGGCCACGUGCUGGUCUAUGAAGCGCUUUCACCCGGUAGAACUGUUCAUUUGGAAGGUCGAAGGGCUUCCCUCUGCUCGUCUACACUCGCUCAACGAUGUCUUUUGCGAAGUCUCGCUGGGCUACAACAUGACCAUGAAAACACGGGUGCAUCACCGAGCUGGGCACUCCUGCGUUUUCAAGGAAACCCUCCAGCUCAAUUUCGACCCGUACGAUUCUGAACACAGGUUGACGCUGAGCAUCAAAAGCCAGGAAGUUGUCGGGGCGGCCGAGAUCGUGCAGUUGCAGUUGGGUGCGGAUAAGGUGAGGCAGCUGGAGGAGCCCGCGUCGAAAGAUCUUGGCUCGGGCAGGCCCAUUGGCUGGGGCAGCAAAGCUGAUACAGCAGUUUGGGCACAAGAGAACUUCAAGUGCAUGGACUUGGUCAGAAGCUUAAGUUGCCGAUAG